AUGGGAACAAGUAGAGCCAACAGGUACAGUAUUGUGUCAGACAUUUUACCAGAGGACGAACGCCAGAAGAUCUCUAGCUUAGGACUCCAUAACGGCCACAGAUCCCCCAAUAUUCAACUGCACUCGGCCUGUGAGACAGAGUCAGAGGACUGUAGGAGGAGGUCGGGAGCCUCCGCUGCCGUACCCAGCAGAAAGGGACAAGGAGGGAUGAACAACUACAACGGAAAGAUUCUGACAAGGGGCUCCAAUCACAUACGGAGCCGAUUUGUAAAGAAAAAUGGACAAUGUAAUGUUGUAUUCACCAACAUGGAAGACCAGAGGCAGAGGUACUUAGCUGACAUCUUCACCACCUGUGUGGACAUCCGCUGGAGAUACCUACUGCUUUUAUUCUGCACUAGCUUCAUGGUCUCCUGGCUCUUCUUUGGCAUCAUCUUUUACACCGUCUCCCUGGCACAUGGGGACUUUGAGGAGCAAGCUAUGAUGAAGAAUGAUGGGCUCGCUAUGCCCUGCAUACUUCAUGUCCAGGGCUUUCUUGGGGCACUCCUGUUCUCCAUGGAGACUCAGACCACCAUUGGUUACGGUUGGCGCUGCGUUACAGAGGAGUGCCCUAUUGCCGUGAUCACAGUGGUUAUCCAGUCAAUUGUGGGCUGCAUCAUUGACUCCUUCAUGAUUGGCACCAUCAUGGCCAAGAUGGCGAGGCCAAAGAAGAGGAACCAGACCCUUAUUUUCUCCAAAAAUGCUGUCAUCGCCAUGCGUGAUGGCAAGCUGUGCCUCAUGUGGAGAGUGGGUAACCUACGGAGGAGCCACAUUGUGGAGGCUCAUGUCCGUGCCCAGCUCAUACGGUCAUAUGUCACAGCUGAAGGUGAGUUCAUCCCUUUGGAGCAGAUGGACCUCAAUGUGGGUUACGAUGAGGGCACAGACAGACUGUUUCUAGUGUCACCACUAGUUAUAAUCCAUGAGAUAGAUAAAGAUAGCCCCUUGUACACUUUAAGCCGAGCUGAUCUGGAGUCUGAUGACUUUGAGAUUGCUGUGAUCUUGGAAGGAAUGGUAGAGGCAACGGCUAUGACCACCCAGUUCCGUAGCUCUUAUCUUGCCAGAGAGAUCUUCUGGGGCCACAGGUUUGAGCCAGUGAUAUACGAGGACAAGAACUGUUACAAGGUAGACUAUGGUCGCUUCCACAACACUUAUGAGGUGCCGUCGACACCCCACCUCAGCGCCAAAGAGCUUGAUGAGGCUGCAAGCCGGGCUUCUUCUCCUGCUACCCCCACCUCUACGUGUAGAUCCACGAAGGACUUGAUGCCGCAGUCGGUGGGCGCCUUCUGCUAUGAGAACGAGAUAGCAUUGAGUGGUGGAGAGGAAGAGGAUGACAUCUUUGACUCUAAUCAGAUUGUAGGGAAGGAGAGGGCAGAGGAGAGGAGGACCUCAGUUUCUGUAGACUUUCAAAAUAUGUUCCAGGACACUGCGACCGUGACAUCUGGCAGUCACAGCGUCAUGUGUGUUCUGGACAUGGACAAUAACCAGAUGGAGUUUGAUAUCCUACAGACUGCCAUUCCUCUCGAUCCAGUGACCUACAAGAGCGAGCAAGAGAUCUAA